UGUAACGCUGAUAAAGUGAAUUUCGUGUUAUACGCAUUUGAACAUUCUAAGUGAUAUUUUAUUUUCUGAGAACGUGUAAUGUUUUUCUACCAUAUAUUAAGCGAUUAGAUUCUAUUCCCAUCAGUAGAGUUAACCCGGUGUUUGAAGAUGAAUUGCCGGUGGAAUUGGAUAUGUUUUAUAUGUUCGACCAUACUUGUGUCGUUCACUCAAUCUGCAUUGCCAGUGCCUCAAUCAGUUGGCCCCCAAGCUAUAUUCGAAUGGACCCAAGUGGAAUAUAAAUAUCCGAAUCAGGAGGAGAGACAAAAGGAUAUAGAUUGUGAAAAUUUCAUACCUGGUGUGCCUGUUAUCAUUGACGUUGAUGUAGCUUUCAACGGCGAUGAAAAAAGACGACAAUAUUUCGUAACAACGCCAAGGUUUCAAGCUGGGAUACCAGCGACUCUCGGCAAAGUUACAAAUGAGAAGAUUGGCAGCAAUAAUGUGAUUGAGCCCUAUCCCAAUUGGAGUUGGCAUAGAGAUCCCACAAAAUGUCUUCGUGAUAGAUUGAUUUCUGUGUUUAGAGUAGAGAUUGAUACUUGUGGAAGGUUGUGGGUACUCGACAAUGGAAGCUAUCAGGAUGACCUAAUCUGUUCCCCACAGAUCAUAGCUUUUGAUCUGAAAACCAAUCAAGUUGUCUACAGAUAUGAAAUACCUGCUAACCUGCUUCAGUCGAAUUCUCUAUUGGUUACCCCAGUAGUGGAUGUUACAGAUGGUUGUCUAAAUCCCUUCGUAUACGCAGCUGAUUGCCAAGCUAAUAGCCUGAUCGUUUACGAUCAAGUGAGAAACAGUUCUUGGAGGAUUCAAGAUAAAACUAUGUAUCCUGACCCCAAUUGGGGUACUUACACCAUUCUAGGAGAAAGUUUCGAUCUGAUGGAUGGCAUAUUGGGAAUGGCAAUGAACGGCGGACAAGAACCUAAAAAGCUGUUCUACCACGCAAUGUCCAGUAAUACUGAGCAUGCAGUGAAAAUUUCUGAACUUAGGAAUGAAUCACAAUUCAAAGAUAAUCCCAAUUCUUCGCCAGAUGUUUUUCACACCUACAGAGGACGACGAAGAUCGCAAAGUCCAGCGGAGGCUAUCGAUAAAUAUGGAAUUUUAUACUUCGGAGAUGUGAAUGAAGUUACACUAAACUGUUGGGAUACUGCAACUGAAUAUGGUCCCAGACAUAUUCGAACUUUAUCGAAUAACCACACAAUACUUCAAUUCACCAGCGGAAUGAAGGUGAGAGAUAGUUUUCGACAUAACCAGGACUUAUUUGUUGUAACUUCACGGUUCCAAAAGGUCUCACUGGGUACACUAAAUCCUAAAGAGGUGAACUUCAGAGUACUCAAGUUGCAGCUGAAUCAUUUCACGAAGCGGAAGUGUAGUUGAGUUCAAAUAUAUAAACACUGAAGCAAUAAUAAAGAUACGAUAACC